AUGGCGCUCUUGAAGCAGUACGACGACUUUUUGCUCAACAACGCCUCGCAAAUCACCGCCGUCGAGAGCUCGCUGCGUUCCAUUACCUACUUCCUACCAGGUCGUUUCAAGGAUGCCGAGCUUGCAGGAGAAGCCAUCUACGCAUCCCUCAACCUUCUCGGUCUCUACCAUGAUUCCAUCCUCGCUCGAGCCCUAGAAAAGCAGAAUCCGCUUGCCAUCACCAACGACAAAGCCCUCGCAGCUGAAAAGCGUGUCCUCCCAUCCAGCGCUGCACGACUUGAUACCAAUAUCGCCACCGGUCUCACUCCCUCGGAACAUGCAAGGUAUACCAACCACUUUUCGCACAGCUCCAAGAGCUACAAUCGUGUAGCCAGGAGCCUGGUCAUUGUAGGCUACUUUGAGCUGCUUGCAGAGAUGGUGGCAAGGCGCAAGCUUGGGCGAAGGAAAGCCUGGGAUGUUGUAGCUGCCAUUGAAGCUCUCAAAGUGUUGCUCCGUCUGAGCCUUGUCCAGAUGACGGGCUCAAGAAUGGCCAUCCAUCCUCCCAUUCCGGAACGCGAAGUGGAUCCAGCUGCUCUCGAACAGGAACGAGCAAACAUAGUGGGCAAGCUUGCGCAUCGCCUCGACGUGGCCACUGCUUCUUCCAACUCUUCGCUUUCGAACUCGAUCACACAGCCACCCAAGGGCUAUUGGAAGGGCUCUCGCACUGGCUUGCUGCGACCUACCCUUGCUUCGCUCCGACCGGGCUACGACGAUACCGAGGAUGAUCCUCCGGCGUCUGCCGCGCAACCCGACCGUCGUCCACCGCAUUUGCGAGCUAUGCGCAUCAACGCCGCUCACUCUGGUUCUGACACUGACGACACGCUGGUAGAUUCGACCCGACUUCAGGCGUCCACGACACUUUAUCCCUCGGCGGCGAGCGACGACCCGCUCUCUCAAUCAUCUAACGCAUUGCAAAAGGAUCUGCCUUCGCCGCCCGUGACCAUGAAACCCUGGUCAGAAUCGCAAAUCAAUGACUACCUCCUCUCUCGUGUCCUCACUGUCAACGAUGUUCGCAAGCCCGAGGAGCUCGUCCGGCCUCUACGCAAUCGCAGCGCUCAUCUCGCCGAAGUUGUUUGGAUCCUUCGACCUCUCAUCUACGUCCUUGCUCUGCGUCGAUGGGGACGAAAAGCGACGCUUCCAUUCGCUCUUUCCUUUGCCCUCGAAUAUUUCGCCAAAGAACUGCGCAUUCGUUCAUUUGCGCCUUCUAUCCCUGCACCCAAGAGUCUCUUCCCCACCAACCCCCUUCUCGCCGCUAUGAUGGGCCAGAAUCCGCUUGCCUCGAUCCUAACUUCGAUCUUCAUGGGCGGAAAUCCGGCCGACAAGGCCAAACGUCCCAUCUCGUCGGUCGAAGAGGCUGAAUGGUCCAAGCGCGCCAAUUCGUUCUGGUGGUAUCUCCUACGUGGUCCGCUCUGGUACUCUUUCACCCGUCCUAAACUGUCCGGCUUAGUCCAGCGUACACACGGCAAAUUUCUCAUCGGCAUGGUCGGCGGUGUCCUCAGCGAUUAUCUGCCGCUCAUCGAUGAGUAUUACUACUAUUCAGCCACAUGA